ACACACACACACACACAUACACACGACGAAUACAAGCACACAAUAGAACGGGAGCAUGGCAAGUCACGAAUAAGAAGAGAUUACAGAAACCGUCUGAUCUUUUGAACCCUCUAGGCAGCCGUGCAGUCGCAGACAGAAUCAGUUGACCUGACGACGGAACACCUUGAUGGAUAGGUAUCUCCCGGGCGUCGUCAGAACCGUUAAGACACUCUUCUAUAGGUCGAAUAAGAAGGAUAAGCAGGGGUUAGUAUCGAGGAUUUUUAGAAAGUCGUCUUGGCAGGAGAUGUUUGCUAUGGCUGCUAUGGCAACAGGGGGAUCUAGUUCUUGUCGUCUGAACUUUCUCGACCUUUUCGAAAAGAUCUUGAUCCCCGCGGGUUGCCGGGUACAGGAGUCGGGCUAUAACGGCAAGCAUACACCCGGAAGGAGUAAGAUAGCCGAGCGUAUUAGUAAGGUAAACUAGGUACCUACCUAGUUAUAGAAAUAUCUAGGUAUAUAGAGGUAAGCAGCAACGGCCAUUACAACCUCCGAAGGGCGUAUUACGCGGCUAACAUCUUAAUAUUCGGCUCGCAACUUUACAAAGCGAUUAACACG